AUGCGCCGCUUCUUCCAUUCUUGCUUCAACAAACGACCAGAGUCAACGCCACCCCACACCCAAGGGUCGACCGAGACAGAUAGCAGUGACGCAACACUCGUUCCUCCGCAUCCACCACCACAUUCUUCCGGGCUCACAAUACGAGACCGUAUGAGAGCCACAGGCAAGGGAAAGGGCGGAUUAGAAGCAGAGUCAUCUACCGCCAAGACACCGACCAUGCCAAAAGCUGCAAAGGAGAAGAAGGCGACCAAGGCGGCGAAGGACCGGAAACCCUACUCAAAGGCGGCAAGGUCCGACCCCGCGUAUUACAACGACAAUCAGAACCAUGGCGGCAAUAAUAAGGCGGACGCAGCAGCGAGGGCGCAGCUGAACCAGUUCUUCGAUGACCUCAUUCCAGAGGAGGAGAAGGCGCGAAGCUCAGAACCGAUUUCCGAGAUCGGCGCCGAGCAGUCCAUGGCCUACCUCGAGCGCCUCGAGGUCAACAUGGCCAGCUACGAGCUCUUCGUAGUGCUCGAAAUCGUCAAGGCCGAGUCCAUCGGCACCAUCACGCGCUCGGGCUUCGUCGACGGCUGGGCGCGCGUCAUCGCGGAGACGAGCAACCACGCUAACAGCAACAUGCGCAUCACGCCCGACUGGGCCGGCCAGCAGCGCCACGUGCGGGGGCGCAUCGCCCAAGUCAUAGUCGAUGACGACUACUUCAAGACCCUCUACGACUUUGCCUUCCAGGUCGGCCGGGAACCCCCGCAGAAGGCCAUCGGGAUGGCGGUCGCCGUCGGGUUCUGGGAGGGCCUGUACGAGCCCAACUCCAACCCGUGGCGGUCGGCGCACGUCAACUGGCUCGAGAACUGGACGACGUACCUGCGGGAGAAGUACGGCGUCGUCAAGGUGAACGAGGACGGCGAGGAGGAGGUCGAGUACAAGCGGACCGUCAGCAAGGACCUCUGGACGCAGACCCGCCUGUUCGCCAUGAAGACGAUGAAGGACGAGACGCUAGGGUUCUGGUCCGAGGAGCAGGCCUGGCCGGGCGUCAUCGACGACUUUGUGCUGUGGUGCAAGGAGAAGGGCAUCGUGGAGGAGAAGAAGGCCGAGGACGCCAUGGACGCGGAAUAA